AUGUCAAGCAUGUCCAAGGGGGAGCCCCCACGCCGCCCUCAGCGGACUCCGCGUCGGGACAACAGCUCAACUGACGGCUACAAAUCUCAAUCCUCAGUUACAUCCCGCCAGAGUCAGGCGCACCACAAGUCGCAGCGUACUCCCCAUAAGCACAGAGGCUCGUCCAAGGCAUCACCGCAGUCAGAUCCUCAAGCAGAAUGGCGGCAAUGGCGCGAAUUGACCGUGAGGCUAGAUGGCCUGCCACCAGACGUGACUCCCCAGCUGCUCUGGCAGUGGUUCUCGGCCCACGGUGCUGUCGUUUGGAUAGACAUCUUCAAAAGGGGAACGGGUCGCAGCAAUACCUCCGCUCGAAUCCGCUUCGAGCCUCCACCAAAGCGCGCGUUCUGGGUCAGUGGCAAGGUCACGGUCCAGCACCCAAACGUGCGCAGACAUCCUCAGGGCCUCCCAGUCUUCGCAACAAUGAGCGAGGAGCGUCCGCGAAGGUGGCUCAUCGGUAGCAAAGAGGCUCACCAGCAGGCUCACCAGCGGAAGUACCCGGUCAAGAUGACCAUCGGACUCGAACAGCUUGAUUUCGGAUCCAUGAUCGGACCCAAAGCCAUGAUGGCCAUGAAAUCCAUCUUCCCCACGCCGCAGUCAGGCUCAAUGAAAAUGGAGAUCGACGUCAAGAACAAGUGGCUCACCGUCUAUUUCCCCACCGUCGUGGAUAAGGACGACUGGCAAGAGCUUCGAGAGUUUCGUUUUCAGGUCGACAUCUCAAGCAUCAAGAAUUUGCAUCAAACCACAACUGCUGAUGGAAACACCGUAUGGGUGUUGCCUCUACAGCGCCCGCCUCAGUACUUUUGGAAGAUGGACGACGUCGAGGCUUCCUUCAUUGACAGGCCCACAAUAUGGAGCUUCACUGACCUUUGGUUCCGCGCAACGGACAUCGCAAACGAUCCAAGCCUCCCAAUGAAGCACCCAGUCGCCGUGCACAAUGAGAUCGAUGACCCCGGCUACAUGGAAAUCGGACGCUGGACCACGUUUCGUCUCGUCAUCUCACAACAGAAGGAGAUGGGUUACAUCGAUUCGCCAGAUCUCAUGCGGAUGGCGCUGGAGGACUUCAACGUCACAGUACAUAGAAGCGACGCGUUUGAAGUCCGAGAAGCAGGCAAAACCAUGUGGGACUUUCUCGAUCACCAACCUGUUGCUACUGAAGGAAACGCCUCGGCCUUGCUGGAGCUAUCGGCCUCGCCCGUCAUUCACUUGCCCUUCGAGGUCCGAUACCAGCUCGAAGUUUGCGUUUCCCGUGGCAUCCUUAACGAGCACACAGUGACCGUCGACUUCUUGCAGAGAUUGGCGAGUUUGAAACCCUUCGAUGCUACGCGUCGCCUCGAAUACCUGGUCGACCAGGGAGAGCCCAUGUACGAUCCGAUGGAGCUCUUUAAGCACCCCGAUGCCGAAGCCUACAUUCCCAACCUCAAGACGCCGCACUACUGUACGCUGGUUCGCAAGGCCGUCAUCACGCCCACGACGAUACGAUACAACUCUCCAACAGUUGAGACAUCGAAUCGGGUCAUGCGCAAGUACAGCCAUAUCCAGGAUCGAUUUUUGAGAGUCCAAUUUAUCGAAGAGGCGGAACAGGGCCGGAUUGCCAUCAACAAAACGCAGAACGACGAGAUUUGGAAGCGCAUAUUCAGGGCGCUGUACCAGGGCAUUCGCAUAGGCGAUCGAGUGUACGAGUUUCUGGGCUUCGGCAGUUCACAGCUGAGACAGUGUGGCGUAUACUUCUUCUGCCCAACGGAGCAUAUCUCGUGCGAUGACAUUCGCAAGUGGAUGGGGCAUUUCAGCCACAUCCGAGUCGUUGCCAAAUACGCCGCCCGCCUCGGUCAAUGCUUUUCGACGACCAGAGAGAUCCGCGGCAUCUUCCGUCCCGCAGUCAAGGCGAUAGCCGACAUCGAACGUGAUGGAUACUGUUUUACCGACGGUGUUGGCAGAAUCUCGCAGUUCCUGGCCCGCCUCAUCAUCGAAGAAAUGACAUUGGACGUCUUCGAUGAGCCGACUGCGUUCCAAUUCCGAAUGGGAGGCUGCAAGGGGGUGCUGGCGGUCUGGCCGCAGGCCCAGGGGAUGGAGGUCCACGUCCGGCAUUCCCAGGAAAAGUUCAAGGCGGUAGCCAACGGCUUGGAGAUCAUUCGUUGCGCCAAGUUCUCCACAGCGACACUGAAUCGACAGACAAUCACCAUCCUCGAAUGCCUUGGCGUCCCGACUGGCACGUUUGUGAAUCUUCUCAAUCAGCAAAUACAAGAAUACCAAAAGGCCAUGCGCGACAACUCUGUCGCCGUUGGGCUCUUGACAAAAUUCGUCGACGAGAACCAGUCCACGUUGAUACUGGCCGAGCUGUUGAAGGCUGGCUUCAGAAACGAGGACGUUCAAGAACCCUUUACUCUCAAUCUUUUGAAUCUCUGGAGGUCCUGGUCCCUCAAGCUACUCAAGGAGAAAGCUCGGAUCCAGGUCGAAAAGAGCGCCUUUGUGCUUGGCUGCGUCGACGAAACCGGCACGUUGAGAGGUCACUCUGUGGCGACGGAGGGUUCUAAGAACAAGGAUGUCAACAAACUCCCACAAAUCUUCCUGCAGCUUUCGGAUCCAAAUCGUUACGACGAAACCAUCAUUGUCAAGGGCGUUUGCAUCGUCGGCCGCAACCCUUCGCUUCACCCAGGCGACAUUCGCGUCGUGCAAGCUGUGGACAAUCCCCUUCUGCACCAUCUCAAGGAUGUUGUUGUAUUUGCGUCGACAGGGGACCGCCCCGUGCCCAAUAUGCUCUCCGGCGGUGACCUGGACGGCGACGACUUCUUCGUCAUCUGGGACCCCAACCUGAUACCGACGGAAUGGAACUUUCCGCCCAUGAGCUAUACGCCCUCGAAGCCCCUCGAGCUGCAGAGAGACGUCGAAGUCAACGACAUUCGCGACUUUUUCGUCAAGUACAUGAAGAACGACGUUCUUCCCUUGAUCGCGACCGCGCACCUAGCACACUGCGACCAAGAAGAGGGCGGACCAAAAUCACAAAAAUGUUUGAAUUUGGCAGAGCUGCAUUCGAAGGCCGUUGACUUUCCGAAAACAGGUGACCCGGCGGAAUGGGUUCCAGAAUUACAGCCAAAGAGAUGGCCACACUUUAUGGAUAAGCGUAGCUCGUACCCGUCGACCAAAACAUUGGGAGUGCUCUACAACAAGGUCAGUCGGCACACCAUCGAGUUUGAGCCUGACUGGGAGCACACCUUCGACCAAAGGAUCCUUUCGCGGUAUCAACUCGGAGACGACCUGCUCCAGACUGCCAGAGCAGUCAAGCAGCAAUACGACCUGUCCGUGCGCCGGGUCCUCGCGCAGCACGACGUCGCCACCGAGUUCGAGCUGUACAGCGGAUGGUCAAUGUCGCGCCCGGCCAUCGGCACUGACUACAAGCGCCAGGAAGAUCUCGGCCGGGAGUACGACGCCAUCAAGACCCGCUUCCGCGAGCUUUGCUACGAGGCAGCGGGCGGCAGUGACGACGACAAGCUGGACAAGUUCGUCGCGGCCAUGUACAAGGUCACCGAGGAGGAGGCCAUGGUUGCGCUGUAUGAGCCUGAUGCCGAGACGGACGACGUGUCCGAUGAAGCCGCUCCCAAUCGCCACCAGAAACCCAGAGUCAUGCCCCUUAUCAGCUUCCCCUGGAUCUUUCACUGGGUCCUCAUCCGCAUCGCUUCGGGUGGACAAUACCAACCUAAGAAGUCGCUGCUGGCCGCUUUCAGGCGCAAAGCGCAGGGGCACAGCGAUAGUGCUGUACGGCACCCUACAGAUGUUGACAAAGCAGCAAGAACAGCGGCGGACCUGUCCAUCCCGAGCGGGAGCGAGGUGGGCAGCUCUGCAACGUUCCUUGACGGCGAUGAUCUCAUUAGUUUCGGCACGCUCGACGAGUUCGACAUGCCGCUUACUACCAGUGGCGACGAAUCCGGGCUCCUGAUCAGCUCUCCAGGCGGCGAUAGUGUUGCAAGCCUCUUAGAUGCACCUCCUCAGGACGAACCGUCGAUCGGAGCCACGCCAGGAGGUGAUAAGGUAAUCGUCAUGAGUCCCCUGCGCGAUUCACGCGAUACAAGCGCCGAGCCCGAGCAGGUCGAGACUCAGAGUCGUCAAGAAAUAGACUUUUUUGAUGAGGACGACGACGCCGAUGCCGACGAGGAUGAAGGUCGCGGGGAUGAUUGUGGCGGCGACGACAGUGGUCAGGGCAAGGAAGAUUCAGGCCGCGGUGGUGAGAGCGGCGACGAGUACGAGAAGGUGGGCGUGUCCGACAUGGAUGGCCCGGCCGAUGAGCGGGAGGUGAGCACCGCUAUGGACAGGGUUGCCGCGCUCAUCGGCUUUGACGAAGACGACUAG